AUGGCAGCCCAGAGCUUUGUCGACCGCGUCGAAGACAUGACAGACCUGGAGUUGGCAAUGCUCCUCAGUCUGAUUGCACAGCACCACUGUCUGAUUGAGGUUCAAGACGAUCUCGUAGACAACCUUGCUGCAGAGUUGUCCCUGAUUGCCCGAGAUGUCUUCAACCUUUCAUAUAUCAUCCUAGAGCGGGCAGACCUGCAAUCUGUCGACCAGUUCGUCGCUGCGAUUCUGGAAGAUAGUGGCGAUGCUGUUGACUCAACGGAUCUUCCCAAUGACGACGCUAACCAGAUCGGCAUGGUUCACUCCAAACUCACGGGGUCCAGUUAUCGGGCAGCAUCGUCGAUACAGGCUGACCAGUUUCAGUCCGAUAGCCGGAAGGUUGUCAAUGUGGUCAUAGUGAAAGAUUUCAACUUUGCCGAAGAGGAUGUCCAGAUCCAAGUCCUUGAGCUCAUCCGGAAACGAAGAAUAUACAGUCGAACAACGGUUCAUGUUGCCGCGAAAAUGUUUCUGCUGCUUCCGAUUGUGUCCAGUUCGUCAAAGCAUGUCCGGCUGAACCAACACCUCAACGACCGUAUUUUCAUGUCCCAUUACCAUGAAAUGGACGACGGCUUUCCAAAUCUCGAGGAGAUGGGUAGUUUAGGUCAUUCCGAUGACGACGACUCUGCGUAUUCAGAUUCUGGCUCACCCAUUGCGCAACGUGCGGGGGCGAUCAUGAGUCGACGGGUUGAUGCAGAGUUGAUCACCCAGCUCCGGGCUCAAGGAAAGCGGGCCACGGUUACGCCUGAAAUCCGGCGAUACCUCCAAGAUAUUGUGGCCUUUCUGCGAAUGGCCAGGGGUGUCGAUGGAGGAGUCACGCCUUACGCGACAACUCUGUUCCUUGCCCUGGCAAAGUACCUUGCGCCGUUUCACGGCAUAGGUUAUGUGACGCCCGCUCUCGUCGCUUUGGCCGCGAAGAAAAUAUACCCUCAUCGCCUGAUAAUAGCAUCUCCAGAACGGGAGCGCAGUACGCAAUACGGCACCGAUGUGGCCACAGCUCGAGAGCUGUUAAGAGACCUUAACCCACACAAGGUAAUUCAGCAAGUACUUGAUACAGUCGAAUGCCCGACCUGA